AUGAAGAGCCCGGCCGUGGUGGGUGUGCUGUGCACCGACUCGCAGGGGCUCAACCUGGGCUGCAGAGGAACCCUGUCAGACGAGCACGCUGGCAUCAUCUCGGUGCUGGCCCAGCAGGCAGCCAAGCUCACCUCCGACCCCACUGACACGCCCGUGGUGUGCCUGGAGUCAGACAACGGGAACAUCAUGAUCCAGAAGCACGACAGCAUCACCGUGGCAGUGCACAAGCUGCUGUCCUGAGGCUGGGCCAGCAGUUCCCAGCUCUGCUCUCAGCUCCUCCUCCCUGCACAGCUGCCCUCCCCUGUGCUCCGGCUCCCUUUGGAGCUCCACACCUGCCAUGAAGCCUCUCCCUCCCCUCUUGGCAGCUCCCUGGGUCUCCAGCUCUCAUUUUAGCACUUGUGCUGCUGAGGAUGAACCGUGGUCACUCCCCGAGCCCCUGUAAAGAGCAGAUCCURUCAGCUGUAUCUGGGGGGCCUCAUUUGUUGGAUAAAUCAAUAAAUGACCUUUAAAAACCUU